AUGUUCUUCCUCGUCGCCCUCCUCCCUUUCCUCGCCCUCGCCUCGGCCGCCCACAACCCGCCCCACCUUCGGCACCGUCGUCUCGCCCACUCUAUCCAGAUGCGCGAGGAGACACCCAACGGCGCCAAACUCGCUCGGGCUGACGCGGGUCACGCUGAUGCGCUCCGGGUCAUCAAGCGCACCGUUGUCAAGCGCGGUCAGACUUGUCGUCCGAGGCAAAAAGCGGCCCAGGCGGUCGUCGCUCCCUCCCCUUCGGCCUCGUCAGCCGUCGCAUCCUCAUCGGCCGCUGCAGCGUCCCCUACCAUCGAAAACCAAAACUACAUCGCGCAGCACUCGUCCGCCGCGGCUCCGUGGCACUCGCCGGCCGCUCCCCCUCCCGCUCCCCCAAAGCCCAGCCCACCGGCGCCCCCACCCCAGCAGGGCGGUGGUGGAGGCGGCGGCGGCGUUGGUCAGAACUGGGGCACUCUGCAGGUCAACGACGGCAAGUGCGGUUGGUGCAACUCGAACGGUGAUCAGCCGAACGGGUCUCAGGACUGGCUCAACUGCGGUCUCAACUCUGGCGGAUGGACCCCUCCUCACGUCACCGUCGAUCAGCUCAUCACCAAGGAGCUCGACGCCCACGGUGUCUUUGCCCCUUGCGCGCAGUACUUUGAUCUGUUCAGGCAGUACGGAGGCGAAUUCCACAUCCCACCUAUCAUGCUUGCUUCCUUCGCUAUACAAGAGUCAACUUGCAACCCGGGCGUUACUGGUGGUGGAGGGGAGGCGGGUAUGAUGCAGAUUGCUCCCCCAAACUGCGAGGCUGGCAACAACUGCUGGGACCUUCACUACAAUGUCCGCCGGGGCGCUCAGCUCUUCCGCCAGAUGCUAGAUGCGAACGGGGGCAACGUUCUAGCCUCGAUAGGUGCCUAUAAUGGCUGGAGGAAGGGCAUGACAGUCGACGAUGCGACUCGCGCAAGGUGGACCGGCAACUGUCGCAACCAGAACAACCUCGACUAUUUGACACAGUUCCUGAAUGCUUGGGUAUUGGGCAAGGACGGCCACUCCGUUGGGUCCUACUGGAACCUCAAAGACUGUUAA